AAUCGUAUAAAAGCGAGGCGCGGGAGUAUGUUUAAUCAUAACAUCUUCCAACUCAAUAGUUACAACAACUACAAAACAUCAAAACAUGAAAUUGUUUAUCAUCUCUCUUGUGGUGGUAGCUGUAGCAGCUGACCGUUUGGAUAACACUUACUUGCCCCCAAGUUCAGCCCAAACCGCAGGCGGCAAUGGCAACUUUCUGAACGCGCCGUCCGAUAAAUAUGGCGCACCCUCCGGUCAAUCCGGACGUUUCCAAGCCCCGUCAACAAACUACGGAGCUCCAGUCGGUAACAGCCAACAAGGAUACAACAAUGGUGGACAACAGCAACAAGCUGGUCCUGAUGCAGGCGCUGCUAUCUUGAAAUUCGACAACGAAAACAACGGCGAUGGCAGUUACCGCUUCGAAUACGAAACUGAAAAUAAAAUCCAACAUCAAGAAGCUGGUGAAUUGAAAAACCAAGGUACUGAACAGGAAGCACAAUCCGUAUCGGGUUCUUACUCCUAUAUGGGUCCUGAUGGUGUAACUUACACUGUUACUUACAUCGCUGAUGAAAACGGUUUCCGUGCCACUGGUGAUCACAUCCCAACUCCACCACCAGUACCAGAAGCCAUCCAGAAAUCUUUGGAGUUGAACGCCGCUGCUGAAGCCUCCAACAACCAGGGAUACUCUAAUGGUGGUUACCAAAAUGGUAACAAUGGUAACAAUGGUAAUAAUGGUUACCAAUCAAACGGAAACAAUGGUUACCAGUCUAAUAACAACAAUAACAACGGAUAUCAAAACAACAACGGAAAUGGUCAUCAUGCUGCUCCUUCCUCCGCUAGCAGGCAAUACAUCCCACCAAACAAGCCCAGCUUCAACCAACAAAACGGUUACCAGUAUUAAAUUAUUAUUAUCAUUAACAACGUGAUAAAACCAAGUA